CUUUCUUUUCUUAAUCGUUUUUGUUGUUUAGAUGGCAUUGGCUUAAUGACUGUAAUAUCGGAGGUAAGGGAGUAUAUUAAGGAUGGGAAGAUCACCAAGAUGAUUUUGCUUUAGCUAACUGAUCACAUGUUGAUAUCUUAUUUUAUGAGGCAUGUUAAGAUUUAUCUUCGUUUUGUUUAUAGAAGGGACCAUCGUUUAAACUUCUGUUUGAUUUUUGUCACAAGUGGAAAAUGUGAGAUUGCUCUGUUUGGAUAUUAUGUGGAUCACUUGAAACAACUCAUGGCCAAAGUUGAUGAAGGUUUGCAUAUGCUGGAUAUGCAGUUCACAAAAGUGAAGAUUUUCAGUGAGAAUGGAUCCCCGCAAAAUGUAGUGAAUACUACCCGAAUUAUGAUCAAUCCGGAUAUAUCAGAGGCUGCUGAAUUUAAGAAAGGUUUGGAUGUUAAUUCAAUCGGAAGUAGCCCACUGUGCCGAUUAUUGGUCCGAGGGGUAAACCAUCGAUAGAUGAAGAUUUCUUGCAUCUCCAUCCAAAGAAGUCUAUUGCAUAACUAAAGGAAG